AUGAGCACUGCAAGACCGAGCACUGCAAGACCGUACGAUAACGAAUUGGAUCCCGUGGAGACGACGGUGAUUAUGGAGGGAGGGGCUCCGCCACCGCGGCCGCCCUUCAAGACGGCUUGGACUUUCGUAUUGGCCGCACUCUUGGCUGGUUUGACUGUCAGCUUUUGGGUUGCCGGGCGCACGGCCUACGCGUUUGUUACGUGUCUAUUAUUUCUGUGCACGCUGCUCGCUGAUGGACACCCCAACGCGCUCGGUGCACUUAGCUGCCUCGCCAUCCUUAUGGCCGUCACGAAUUUCGUCACCAGCUAUCAGGACAUGGAUCGCAUGGUCCACCUUCAACUACCUCUCGCCCCCGUCAGCCUGGCUGCCCGCCAUCGCCAACUCUACGGUCUCACCGUCUCGCGCAGCCUCUUCCAGGACUGGACCUGGAAAUUGGUCAAAGACCUCUGCCGGAACAAAAGCACUCAAGCCAAGGCCCUCUCAUACCUCGGCGGCAUGGUCCUCUCACCACCCACCGCCAUCACUGCGGUGGGCAUCUCUUGGAAGGCAUUCAGAUACGUGUCUUCACUCGGCGGUUUUUAA